AUGGGGGUACCGAAGUUUUUUAGAUACACAAGUGAACGGUAUCCUUGUCUUAAUGAGUUAGUUAAGCAGUAUCAGAUUCCAGAUUUCGACAACAUGUAUCUGGAUAUGAAUGGUAUCAUACACAACUGUUCUCAUCCUGAUGAUUCAAAUCCACAUUUCCGUAUUACGGAGGAGAAGAUCUUCAAAGACAUAUUCCACUACAUCAGCAUUUUGUUUCAAAUUAUUAAGCCCAAGAAGCUAUUUUUUAUGGCUAUCGAUGGAGUAGCUCCGAGAGCUAAAAUGAAUCAGCAGAGGGGAAGGAGAUUCCGUUCAGCCAGGGAGGCUGAAAAGUUAGAAGAAACAGCUAAAGAAAAGGGUGAGGAUUUACCGACGGAAAAGAGGUUUGAUAGCAACUGUAUCACUCCAGGAACAGUGUUCAUGGCUCGUCUUCAUGAACAACUCAAAUAUUUUAUCAAAGAGAAGAUUUCAACGGACCCUCUUUGGUCCAAAGUUAAAGUUAUUCUAUCUGGACAUGAGACACCGGGUGAAGGAGAACAUAAAAUAAUGGAUUACAUUCGCUGGGCUCGCUCGCAGCCCGACUAUGAUCCUAGCACAAGACAUUGCUUGUAUGGACUCGACGCAGAUCUCAUUAUGUUAGGAGUGUGCACACAUGAACCACACUUUGCUUUACUUAGAGAAGAGGUUAAAUUUGGCAAAACAACUCAAAGAGCAACAAGCCCUGAAGAAACUAAUUUCUAUCUGCUCCACCUAUCAUUACUUAGGGAAUAUUUGGAACAAGAAUUCAUAUCCAUCAAAGAUAAAUUGCCGUUUCCUUAUGAUAUAGAAAAUAUUAUCGACGAUUGGGUUCUCAUGGGAUUCUUAGUGGGCAAUGAUUUUAUACCAAAUUUGCCUAACAUGCAUAUUAGUAAUGAUGCUCUACCACUUCUUUAUAAAACAUAUAUGACUGUCUUACCUACUUUGGAUGGUUAUAUAAAUGAAUCAGGAGAUCUGAAUUUACGAAGGUUUGAAGUAUUCAUGCAGGAGCUAGCUAAGAUUGAUAAAGAGAAAUUUCAAGACACUUACGCUGAUCUCAAAUACUUUGAAGCCAAAACUGGCAGACGGCCUAACGCUAACGAAAGGAAAGAUUACAAGCCCAACAAUGACGACACAUUCAACGUCAACUUGGACGACAUAAAAGCCAAUAAGCCAGAUGACGAGCUGCAGGCUCUUAUUGAUGCUACACAGGAAAUGUUUAUGGAUGACAUGAAGAGUGAUGAGGAAUAUGAAGAAACUAGUGAUGAGGAAGCAAACAUGGAAAUGGAAUUCAUUCUACACAAGAAAGAUUAUUACAUGAAUAAGUUGGACUAUUCAAAAGUUACUGACGAGGUCCUAUCAGAUCAAGCGGAGUGUUAUGUCCGAGCCAUCCAAUGGAACCUAUGGUACUACUACCGAGGCUGUCCCUCUUGGUGUUGGUAUUACCCUCACCACUACGCUCCAUACAUAUCGGACAUUAAAGACUUUGGGAACAUGAAUAUGGAGUUUGAACUUGGGGAACCUUUCAAGCCCUUCGAACAGUUGCUAGCAGUAUUGCCAGGCGCCAGUAAGCACCUGUUACCGACUCCAUUCCACGAUCUAAUGACGGACGAAGACUCGCCCAUAGUCCACUACUACCCCGUCACCUUCGAGACGGAUCUCAACGGGAAGAAGAACGACUGGGAGGCUGUGGUCCUCCUGCCCUUUAUAGACGAGACGAACCUCCUAUCGGCGAUGUCUCCUUGCUACCAGCGACUCACAGAAGAAGAAUUGAAAAGAAAUUCUCACGGACCUAUGUUAGUUUAUAACUGGACGCCUGAUAGUUUAGGUCCUAUAAUAGCUCCGGAAUAUUUCCCGUCAAUUAAAGAAAACCACGCCGUUGAAAAGGCUGUGUGGCGACACGAAAUAGAUGUACCGCUACAUAUGUUGAAGAGAGGGAUGUUACCCAACGCUAACAAGGAUAUACUGUACCCGGGAUUUCCAACAAUGAGACACUUGAAAUAUAAGACGAGUAUAAAGAAGUGCAAAGUGAAGGUAUUCGACCAGCCGUCUCGCAAUGAGAACAUGAUGCUUCAGAUAAUACCCACCGAUAAUACUGACCCUGUACUAGAGGAACUUGCUCCAAAAAUACUGGGAAAAGUCGUUUGGGUUGGCUGGCCGCAUUUAACACGGGCCAAAGUAUUAUCAAUAUCUAACGAGAAGGUUCGUCUUCACUACAACAACCAGAACCCUGAGGCUUACAUUACUGAACAUAACACUGGCAAUCUUCACCAGCAGUGGAUAUCGGAGAGAUCUACCAUUAUAGAACACAACAUGAAUCGUCUCGGCAUAGAGUUAGGAGACGUCAAAGUUAUAAUACAUGCUGUCAAUUUACGAGGCUACAAGUACGUGAUACAAGAUAACAUUAGUAUGGUGAUGGAGGAGCAGUGGUGUUCAGUGCCUUGCGGGUACGCGUGGCAGACGGUCGUGCGUGGAGCGCUCGCCCCCGCCGCGCCCCUCAAGUACAGGACGCCGCUGGAGGCCUAUCCGCCCGGGGACAAGGUUUUCCUGCUCACUAUGGGACAAUACUACGGAUGUAUAGCUACCGUUUUAGGUUCCGAAUCAAUCCGUAGCGGUCGUAUCAAAGUGUCUGUUCGUGAGUGCGCGGAGCCGGUAGUGACUAGCCAGUGUUUCGCGAGCCCUUAUCGCACUACGCACCACGCGGCCGCCGCAUGCGGUAUAUCAAACCAGUUAUUAUCUCGUAUAACGGGGACCGUCCUUGUCAUACCCGGAGAGAGAAACGAUUUGCCAACUGAGACACAGAACAAAAUAAAUGUUGGAUUGAACUUGAAGUUUAAUAAAAAGAACCAGGAGGUGUCAGGUUACAGUCGCCGGAGUGCUAACGGCUGGGUGUAUUCAACCCGAUGCGUGUCUCUCGUACAAGAAUACGCGGCCAAAUAUCCUGAACUAUUUGACGCACUCGCAAACUCACAUAGAGACGUGUUCUUUGAAAGCGAUUUAUGGCCGGGAGAUUUGGGUAAGAACAAAGUUCAAGAUAUAGCGGCGUGGUUAAAGUCCCAGCCUCACAGUAGCGCGCCGAGACGAGAAUGUGGCUCUGAAGCCUUGGAGCCUGAAGAAAUGAGGGCUUUAUAUAAUACUAUGGAGAAACAGAUACACGAACUGAGAAAUAAAGAGAAAAAUGUUACGCUACAUGUUAAAUGGAGUUUACUAUAUAAGUGCGAACUCCACGAGGGUAACAUCCAACCGGAUAUCAAAGCGGACUACCGGAUGUACGACCGCGUGGUGUGUGUUGCCAACAAUAUAACUGUACCCCUCGGCUCUAAGGGUACUAUCACUGCUAUAUACCAGCCGUCUAAUGGCAACACCGUCCGUUUAUCAGACAAACUGAACGCCUCGCCAAGCUACCAGGUUAUGUUUGAUGAACCCUUCCCUGGAGCUAUGAAAGAAGAUCUAUUCGAAGAGGCAAGGUUCUAUAGAAUGCAACCCGCUCAUAUAUUGAAUAUAUCAUACGGGCGGAAAUUACGCACCGUGAGUGAGCCCCAAGGCUUUGAGUAUAAUCAGACAACACAACAUAACUACACGUUUAACUCACAACCACCCACUGUACUACGAAGAGGCGAUGGACAUUACUCUGCGUUUGCCAGCUAUAGCCCCCCGCGAGAAAUUAAAACCCCCGUGACUGAAAAUAAGCCUAACGUUAACAACAAUGUUAAAAAUGGACAGACACCGGACAGCGCCACCAAUCUGUUGAGGAGUCUGUUGAGGAUCAGUGAGGGAGAGGCGGACGGAUCCAGGGGCAACAAGAAUGUUCAAGAGACAAACAGCAAUUGGCGUUCAAGAAGUGACAAAGCGACCUCGCCGAAUAAAACAACUCAAAAUAACUGGCGAAGAGAAACAAAUACAUACAGUCAGGGAGAAUGGAGUAACACACAGAGACAGAAGCCUAUCGGUAUGCCAUCUAUACCGUACCCAUCUUUCGGCGCUUCGCCCCCCCGGCCACCGCAGCCCCAGAGCUUCCCAAAACACUUACCAGACGUGAGACAAGAAAUCAAUCUCAUGCCGUCCUGGACUAAGAACGAGAAUUUCAAAUCAGUUCCACCGCCACCACAACAAACAAACAGACAAGUUAACAAUGGAGAGAAGUACAGCAAUCCGUUUGUGCCGCUGCAAGUACAGACUAGUCGGAGGCGCGUCCAAAAUUCAAGCGGUUCUUCACAAAGACGUGAUCUCGAAGGCUUACCGACUCCAAAGGUCAUUCACCCCACACCAAAUAACACUUUGUUUAAUGUUCAGCCGCAACAGAAUCGUCCUCAAAGAAAGAAGAAACCAAGAAUAGCUGCUAACUUGCCCUUCCAAAUGGACUAA